AUGUACCCUACAACCAGCAAUCCCCCAGUCGCAAGGACGCGAAGUCUGCGAGUUCCUCCGUCCAGCAGCUUGAAACCAAUGCCUGCCGCUGCAGCAAGCUCUCAGUCCACUCAGGGAAUCUCCAAUGUCUCGCUAUUCCUGACUAAUCUACGACUGCUGGACCUCGAUCUGCAAAAAGACUGGCCAGACAUCACGAAUGAGACGUUGUCGACGAAGAAGGAUGCGCAGCAGAACCAGAAGAAGCGGAUACAAUGUAAACUCCAACCCUUCUUUCCUCCCCUCGAGCCUUUGCAGUCUCUCAACCUUCGAACCGCCCUUUUUCGAAGUCUCGAUCAUGCGAAAAAGUCGGGUGUUUUGGGACGGGACACCCUAUUAAGGAAGACGAUGUUGGAUGAGUGCAAGGGUGAAAGAUUAGAAGAAGUGCUAGCAGUAUUCUCGAAUGUGGUUCUCAAGAAAGUGCUGGUAGAGGAAGGUCUAGAACCCGGGGCAAUUGCAAAGGAUCUGGCCUUCGAAAAUUUCUCGUAUUCUGGAGAACGAACUUUGCUAUCGACAUUGAUACUGGCACACAAAGCUUCACUUAGCAAACAUUUGCACGAGAAGGACGAAACUAGAGCGAGAUAUCAAGACUUUUCGGAUCUUCUCAAAUUGAACGAACGCCGCAUUACACGUCGACAUGAACAGCUCAAAGAAGUUUUAAAGGAACGUGCAUCGUACGAUCAAGUUUCAUCUAAGGAAGUGGGGGUUCUACAAGACCAAGUGCACAAGAACUGGUCUGGCAAUGAACAAUGGCUAGGCACGGUGCUCUAUGGAGAUAGCAGAGUUGGUGAGGAUGGACUUUUAACUACGCGAUUUGAUAAAGUAUGGAAGCACGUGGAGAAUGGUACCAUUGGUGAUAUCGAAAGCAAAGAAAGAGUUGGCCUUUUAGAACAGUUAGAUGCCAGAGUCAAAGGCCAGGAAAGUCGCUUAGCCAGAUGGCAGGAUUUCAGCAAGACUUUGUCGAAGAAUGCAACGGUCUCGCCUUCCAAAAAGGAGUUGCCCAUGGUUGGACCCAAAAAGAUUGAUCUAAAUUUCAAUCGACACGAGAGUCUUCAAGUUGGUCGCAGUUCUGGGGAAUCUGUCAACACGACUAGUGAUUCUUUAGAGGAGUACAACCGUAUCAUCGAGAAUAUGAAAUUAGAAAUAGCAGCUGUCCGCAAGCCGCGAAGCCGAGCUAGCCGCCCCCGACAAAGCUUGACACUUCAAAAGCGCACUUCAUUACUUAUUCCACAGCAACAGGAGGAAGAAAACCCUGUUGAUGAUGAAGGAUGGUCUUCUGCCUCUGCUUCUGUCAGUGAGACCGAUGAGCCUUCACUUGAAUUCACCAGCCUCGCUUCAAAAUCAAUAUCCCGUACUCCGCCAUCAGAACCGGAAGUUGCAGUAGAAGAGCCCGUUGAAUACGAGACUCACACAUUGACUAUCAGGACAAAAGAGGAAGACGGACCUCGAGAAUCUACGAUGACGCCACCCAGAAAAGAACGCUCACCGUCACCACUUCCUCCUGCUCGUACUCCUUCGCCACAGCAUCCUCCCAAGGCUAGCGAAUCCGAUCUUGCAGAUGAUAUAUUGAAUUCUAUGGCUGCGGCGUCACCGUCCCCUAAGAAGACUCGCCAUACACUUUCUUUAGCAGAACGUACUCGACUUUCUAUGGCUCGACCUUCGCAUUCUCAGUACUCGUCUGAUGACGAUCUCGAUAUGGUACGCCUCUCAAUCAAGCCUCGACAAUCCAUGGCACCAAGAACACCCACUCUCGAGACAGACUUGCACGCAGGCUUAAUCGAACGCACCCGCAAAAGUAUGGCAGGCUUCGAAGCGGCACAGAAGAGGGCUCAAAUAGAGAGAAGAAAGAGCGUCAAAGAUUCCAAGAAGAAACAGCGAGAGUCGACCUUCUUUCCCAAAGUGGAAGAGGAGGUUAAUACCAGUGCUAUUGAGUUGAUUGAGGGAGAUCCGGAUUAUGAGAGUGUGUUCAAAAGCAGACCGAAGAUAGCAACCAGUCCGGCUAUCAGCCCGACCAGGUUGAUGGAGGAUGACAGUGAGGAUUGA